AUGUCUGAAUUAAACGUCACUAUCCCCAAGGGCUCCUUGGUACUGGUCACCGGUGCGAAUAGCUACCUAGCAUCGCAUAUCAUCCAACAAUUUCUUGAACGAGGAUACAAAGUCCGAGGUACCGUCCGAAACAUCGAGAGAACAUCCUGGCUAGUCCAAGAUCUCUUCAAGACAGCGACGGAAAACGGCAAUUUCGAGCUCGUCCUAGUACCAAACUUCAUCGCCCCGAAUGCCUUCGACGAAUGUGUCAAGGGCGUCUCCGCCAUUAUUCACGUCGCCACACUGGGCUUCGAUCCAAAUCCGAACAAUGUCUUACCACAAAUUGUCGCUGUCACUAACUCCAUCCUGGAGUCUGCCUUGAAGGAGCCUUCAGUGAAAGAAUUCGUUUACACCAGCUCACUAGCUGCUAUGGUCAUCCCUAAUAUGGACCCAACUCAUCUAACCUCGGAUUCUUGGAAUGACGCUGCAGUCAAGCUUGCUUGGGCGCCUCCUCCGUACGAGCCGGCUCGGGCUUUUAUCGUGUACGCUGCAAGCAAGACAGUUGCGGAGAAAGCUUUGUGGGAAUUUGUUGAGAAGAGAGAUCCCAAUUUCACUGUCAACUCUAUCAUUCCGGCAAGCAUUAUGGGUGAAUUUCUCGCCAGACCCCACGCUGAGUUACCUCAGAUGUUUGUCACGGCUCUGUAUCGUGGAGAUUUGGUCGCAUUGCAACAGCUCCUCCCGACCCCAGGAACUAUUCAUACCGAUGUGAAAGACACUGCACUUCUCCACGUUGCAGCGGCUCUUGACCCUGAAAUCAAGAACCAGCGGCUUUUUUCCUGGGGGGAGUCUUGCACGUGGAAUGAAAUUCUCGCUUUGAUGCGCACUAUUGCUCCUAGGCGGGAUUUUGUUGACGAUCUACCUGGCGAGAGACUCAAGUUGACCGCAGAUGAUGCUAAAUCUCUGGAUUUGCUGAAGAAAUGGACUGGUCAAGAGGGGUGGACAUCUUUGAAAGAGACGAUCACCGACAACAUGACCAACGUCAUGAUGUGGUUUCCUUGA